AUGGAGCCCGUCAUACUAUCUAUGGAGGUCGGCGACGACGAUUCUUGGGAUAGCUACUACCGACUACGCAUCGGAUCGCAGGUCAAAUACCUCGCCAUCUCCCCAGGGACAUUUGACCCAGACACGUGA